ACUAGCUAUAGCAAAGUGCUGAGAAGUGCGAAAAAGUUUCUCAAAAAUUUAAAACCUAUCAGUAAUUUAUACAAUAAUAGGUAGUUAGCUAUUUUAUUUAGUAUUCGGGUGUUACGAUAAUGUUGCAACCUGACGCUCUUAAAGGUCAUGAGAAUGAGGAGUUGAACAGUGUUCACAAAAACAUACAUAAUAUCACUGUUAAUGUGAUAGCUGAGGUACAAAGGGACUUGACUCCAUACGAUAUCACUUCGCUGGUGUUUCUUCUAUACGAUAUCCCGGAAACGGCGCUUCAGCGGCUUACUCUGCUGCAGAGAGUGAGCCGGGACAUCAGUGGCAAGGAUCUGAACUUGCUCUAUGACUGGGCGGUGUAUGCUCACCUGCGCGCUACUUGGAAGUACGAAUUCCUAGAAGCACUCGUGGUUUGCCAACUGUAUGGGGUCAUCAGGAAACUUGGCUUCAGUGUCCCUACGGUCAAGAAGCUAUACUCGACAGAAAAUCCAGUUGUUUGCCACAUCAGCCCUAUGAAGAUUGCACUCUACAGAUUAUGUGAAGAGAUGAACAGUGAUAAUUUGAAUAGAUUUAAAAAAACACUAUUAUCUUACAACAUUGAUGUAAGUCAACAUGAAACCACUGAAUUGGUUUUACUUGAAUUGCUUUGUUGCAGAUUUAUUUCCAUAGCAAAGAUAAAUGACUUGAGACAGUUGGAUAAUGAAUGUGAAAUGGAUAAAUUAGUUAAAAUUAUAGAAAAUUGCCCUGGCCUGUUAUCUUGUGCUCAAAAGAUUAAAGAUGCAGAAAGAAAAUUGAACACAAAAUUUAUAUGCAAUGAUAAAAAUGUGAUACAUCACAGUACACCGCAAGUGUCUGUAUCUGAACCAAAUUCUGGUGAAAAAUAUACUGUAAAUGAGAAAUUUACUGGUAAUUUUAAUGACAUAUAUGAUUCAUUAGCCCAUUUAAUGGAGGAAAAACUUUCCUUUGUUAAUCUAAAAGCAGAUACUACAAAGCCAAACCCUGAUACUUAUCACAUUAGAAAUACUAAGAGAGUUGGCAUCUGCUACAUUAUUAACCAAGAAACAUUUUAUCCAACUAAAGAAAGCAUUGAAAAUAAAAUUAACGCUGUACCAUUGGAAACUAGAAAAGGCUCUUCAAAGGACAGAGAUCUCCUGAAGUCUACAAUGGAAAAUCUAAAUUUUCAUGUUGAAAUUAGCAAUGACUUAAGGCAUGAUGAAAUUUUACCUAGCAUAAAAAAGGCAAUCAGGAGUAAAGUCCAAGAUGAAGAUAGUAUUUUCAUUUUGUGCAUCUUGUCUCAUGGAAUUGAGGGUCACAUUUAUGGGGCAGAUUCUGUGCCUUUGAAUGUAAAAGAUAUUGAACAGUUGCUUGACUCUGAGGAUGCAGUGAAGCUUCGUAACAAACCAAAAGUACUCAUAAUACAAGCAUGCCAGUCAAGGAAGGAUAAAGACCCCCUCAAACUAAUAGCAGAUGGUCCACAAAGUUCAAGAAGUAAUCAUUAUUACCUGCCUAAAUCAGAUUUCCUCAUUUUAUGGGCCACUGCCCCAGAGUAUGAAGCUUAUAGACUAGGCUCUCAUGGGUCAGUCUUCAUACAUUUACUUUGUGACAUUAUUCAUAAGACUGCUAAUAAGCAACACUUUGCUGACAUGUGCACUAAGGUAACAAACAAUGUAUCCUUGUUCUGUGCAAAUUUUAAACAUGCUCAAAUCCCUAUAUUUCAAUCUACACUGAGGAAAAGUCUAUAUUUUAUGAAUCCUGAAAUGAAGUAACACAGUGAUCCUAAUCAUGAUGGAAAGCUACUAAUACCUAAUUAUUUAAUGAUUUGUAAAAAGCUUAUAUGUUUAAAUUUUUAUAUUCAUAAGU